GUCUCACAAUUCGAUAUCUAGGAUAUGGCUGUCAUUGUCACGAUCGGAUUUAUCAGAUAAGCUUCAAAUAUCGUAGCGUGAGCAAAUAUAGUAUCGUCAACGUGAGUAAUACCUGAGACACCAUUGUGCGUGUUAGUACACGAAAAUACGCGAAAAUGAAGAGAACAUAUGCAGUAAUAGUGCUGGUGAUUUAUAUUUGCAACAUAUUUUUGACAAUAAGUUUAGGUGCAAAGUACUGCUUCCAAUUUACAUGGCCAGGCCCAAGUAACAAGACUGUCAACUGCACUAAUGAUAUUCCUUGCGUGAAGCCGUUUUAUAACAGCUUUUCACCGCCAAAAACGAAUGAGAUGUGGGCAGAAAACCCAAAUAAAUACUCUUGCGAAUUGAAUACCGAUAACGUUUGUAUAAAAUAUACAUAUACGUACAAUAACGCAGUGGUGAACGCCAGUUAUUUCUGCGGAAAAGUCAUCGAAGACCAGACAUCGGCGAUUACAUCAGGCUGUUACGUUCAACAUACUGAAGGAUAUACUAUCGAGGUAUGUGCCUGUCAGUCUACCAGCAACGCAAACGAUCCACCAUGCAACGCAACAACAAGAAAUACAUAUUCAAUACUAAUUACCAUUGGAGCUACAGCUGUGACAUUAUUCGUGUAUAAAAUUUUUUAUAUUCUCUGACAUACUCUGUCAGCUUACUUAUCUGAUAUGAAUGAAAUUGUACGAAUUACAUAUACUUAAUAUUUAUUACAAUUUGUAUGCGAUAUAUCGAUUAAGCGUAUAUCUUUUUACAACUUCGUAAAACACGCAAUAUAACAUAAGUUAUAUACAGAGAUGAACAGAUUAUAUAGUUUGUAGUCGCGUGUUUGAAAGUAAAAAUACAUAUAUUUUCGGAAAA